AUGAAUGAAUCAACAUUAACUAAUGUUGAUCGAACUCCCGAAUAUAUACGAAUAAAUACACAUUCUUAUCACGCACCAACAAUGCAUACACCAAAUAUUGAUCACAAUUCAAAGAAAAUAAUUGUCCAAAACCCAUUUGAAAAUUCUUCGAAUACUAUAAAAUAUAUCCAUGAUCCAUCAAUACAGCAUACUAUGCCUGUUGUACAAUCUUCACAUCAAGCAUCUAAUGAUUUACCUGUAUCUAUGAAUAAUAUGCAAACAUCGCGUAAUAUAAUUAUACCACAACAAAAUUUAUCUAAUCAAUAUCCUGUGCGUUUUAAUCAAGAAUUAUUACAUAAUUUUGGUAUUAAUAUUCCAACAUCAAGACAGUCAGAAGCAAAAGAAACUUCAUUAUCGCCAUCAAUAUCUACAUCGCUUGUACCUCUUCCAACAUCAUUAUCAAAUAAUUUAGGAAUCAAUAAUAUCCAUCAUAUGAAUCAACCAUCGAUAACACCAACCAUCAUUGGAACAUAUCCGAUACGCCAUCCAGCGUUACAUAAUAGUUAUAUUUCUUCUAAUUCGCUUAUGGGAAAAGUUACACAACAAGUGCGAUCAUCAAAUGGAAUAUCUCCGAAUGUUCUAAAUUAUCCAACUAUGAUACAAACACAGCAAUUAAUGAGACCUCGCAUGAUACAUCCAAAUACUUAUGAGCUACCAUCACAAGUAAUAAUGCCACAACAAUCAUCAAAAAUGUAUGAUUCUAAUAUAAUUCAUCAAGCAAAUGCACAACAAUUUCAUAAUUUAUCAUCCGAUAAUAAUAAUCUUAAAUCUAUGUUACAAAUGAAUUCACAAAUUAAUUCUCAAACGAAAUUAGAACCGAAGAAAGCAUUAAUUAGUAAUGAUCAUUCUCAAAUUAAUAUUCCAAUAAUGGCAACAAAUAAGGUUCCCAAAGUACGUAGAAAACGUAAACCAAACGAUUCGAAUGUAUCACUCGAAGAUGAUGUUCCAACAAAAUCACGUAAACGGAAAAAAAAAGGUAUUGAAUUAACAGAAAAUUUUGUUGAACACUCACUGCAGCAAUUACGCAAUUUGCCAACACUUAUUCCUCUCGAACCUUCAAUUGAUAAUCCUAAUGAAUUACCUUUACCAUUCAAAAUCUCCGAUAAAACUACAAAACAUCAAGGUGAUUUUGGUCAUAUUUUUAUUGAAAAUAUGAAUGAUUGUUAUCGUCCGAAUCGUCAAUAUCGAUCAAUAUCUCCCACAAAAUCAUCAUCAACACUCGAACGACAUUUUCGUCUAUGUUCAAAUUUCGUUGAUCAGCCACCUACUUUACCUUCUCCACCGUUAAUGAAGAAUGCAUCUGAACAACUAUUUGAAUUAACUAAAGAACAAAAUGAUUUAUAUCAUAAUGAAAGUAUCAUCUCAACAUCAACAUUAGCUGAUGAUGAAAAUUACAUAAAUGAUAUUGAAACAGAAAAUAAAUAUUUACUUAAAACUCUAUCUUCACCUUGUGAUAAAGAUUUACAAUUAUUAAGUCCGAUUUUAUUAUCACAUGAAAAUGAUUUAUCAGCAAAAAUUGAUCAAUCUAAUGAAACAACCAUAGAUAAACCAUCCGGUGAUAAUAAGCCUGAAAAUAAUGAUCGACCACUUGCCCAAGGCAUUGAUAAAGUCUCUGUUACAUUAACAUUAACAACUGAAGCAGCUAACAAUGUUCAAAGUGUGAUGGCUGCUGUGGCUGAUUUACUAAAGAUGGCUUAUCCAUCAACAUUUGACGUUCAACAAACGUUGGACGAUAAAAAUUGUACAUGUUCAUCAACAAUAAAUAGUCCUAAUUCUAGCAAUUUCUUAUCGCAUUCACAAAUUUCAUCUCAAAAUCAUGGUGCAUCAAUAUAUAGAGUUGGUCGUGAAACUAAUGUUAAUAUUCAAUCAUUAAUUGAUAUGCAACAGAAAAUAUGUCGUUAUUGCUCAAACAAUGUAACAACUGAAAAUUCAUUAAAGAAACGUUUAAAUGAGUUUCCAUUAUAUCUUCGUGAAUUAGCACCAAAUUCUGAACCAUCUAUCAAUUUUUGCAAUGAGCAAUGCUAUAAUGCAUAUCUAACGAAUUUACAAUUACAACAACAACAACAACAACAACAACAAGCAGUAUCUGUUAAUAUUAAAAGUGAACCAGUAGAUAGAUUACCAUCUUUACCUAUUCAAAAUUCAUCAAUAAAACAUGAAGACGAAAAUCUCAUUCAAUUAAGUAAUAAUACACGAUGGAAACGAUGGAACUCAAAUUUAUCAAUAAAACUUACUAUUCAAUCAACAAGUUCACAUGAUAUCGAUCAAUUCAUCGCAGAUAUAAAAAUACCGUUAGCAUUAAAUGCACAACAAGAUAAACGAAUUUGUGUAUUUUGUAAUGUUGCUGGUGAUAUGACAUCCAAUGGACCAGGAAGAUUGCUUAAUUUAAAUAUUGGUCAAUGGUGUCAUUUAAAUUGUGCAUUAUGGUCGUUUGAAGUUUAUGAAACAGUUAGUGGUUCAUUGAUGUGUGUUGAUCAAGCAUUUAAACGUUCGAUAAAUACAGAAUGUAUCAUAUGUAAACAAAAAGGUGGAAGUUUAAAAUGUAUUUAUCAACGAUGCACUAAUACAUAUCAUUUUACAUGUGCCACUGACAAUGGUUGUGUUUUCUAUAAGACUAAGAGUAUUAUGUGUCCAACACAUGCUUCACCCACAGUAACUGCUGAUCAAAUACUUGAAGAUAAAUCUGUUUUACGAAAAAUUUGGAUUGAUAGAGAUGAAAUAAAACAAAUUCAAAAUUAUAUGAAUGAAGAACAUGACGAUAAAUCAUAUAUAUUACGUAUCGGUAGUUUAAUACUUCACAAUAUUGGGCAAUUGUUACCACAUCAAUUACAAUCAUCUACAUUUCAUAAUCGAAGUUUUAUUUAUCCAGUUGGCUAUACUGUAACAAGGUUUUAUUGGUCAAUGUAUCGUCCGAAUCAUCGCUGUGCAUAUAAAUGUUCCAUAAUUGAUAUUGAUAAUAAACCGAUGUUUCGAAUAAGUGUACAAGAAAACGAAAAUGAACCAGUACAAGAAUUUGUCGAAUCUAGUGCAAGAGCUGUUUGGUACAAAAUUAUUCACGAAAUCGAUUUAUUAAGAAAAAAAUAUGGUCUUGUUAAAAUGUUUCCAGUAUUUGUUAAGGGCGAAGAUUUAUAUGGAUUAACGGAACCACAUAUUAUUCGGUUAAUUGAAUCAUUGCCCGGUGUUGAAAUGUUACAAAACUAUGCAUUUAAAUAUGGUCGACUACAAUUAUUUGAUAUGCCAUUAACACUUAAUCCAACAGGUUGCGCACGAAGUGAACCAAAACUACGAACUCAUUUUCAACGACAUGCGCAAGCAUUAACAACUUCACAUUCAACUCGAAGUAAUUUACCUAGAAGUCUAUACGACGUUCAAGGUACUCAAACUUCAUACGGUAAACACUUCGUAAUUUCCAAAUCAACUCAGUAUCGAAAAUUGAAAAUAGAAUGGCGUCAAAACAUUUAUCUUGCUAAAUCACGAAUUCAAGGUUUAGGCUUAUUUGCAGCACGCGACCUGGAAAAACAUACAAUGAUUAUUGAAUAUAUAGGCGAACUAAUUCGUAAUGAAGUUGCUAAUAAACGAGAAAAAUUAUAUGAGCAACAAAACCGUGGAAUUUAUAUGUUUCGAUUAGAUGAUGACCAUGUAGUUGAUGCAACAAUGAGCGGCUGCCUGGCUCGUUAUAUAAAUCAUUCAUGCGAGCCGAACGCUAUAACUGAAGUUGUACAAGUUGAAAAAGAAAAUAAAAUAGUAAUAAUUACAAAUAGACGUAUUCUUAAAGGUGAAGAAAUAAUGUAUGAUUAUAAGUUUAAUUUUGAAGAUGAUUCUAAAAUUCCAUGUUUGUGCGGUGCACUUAAUUGUCGAAAAUGGAUGAAUUAG